UGGGUAUUGUCCAAUAGGGUUUUAAUACCCUUUUUUGUGCAAGAAUAUUUGAUUUUUUUGGCUUUGGUCCACUUAUUUUGAAGAAUUUAUUGUGAAUUAUGCUUUGAUCGUUUGUUUUUUGGUCUGAUAUUUGUGCAUUUGUGCUUUUUUUUGUUUGUUCAAAUGUGUUAGAUUGUGAAGUUUGGAUUUUGGAGUUGAAAGACAGUUAUGGGUUCUAACAAUGGAUGGGAUGCUGAAGAAAUUUUUCAGAAGUAUUUGCACGAUUAUCUGGUUAAGAAGAACAUGCACAGGACUGCUGAUGUUUUCGCAAAAGAGGCAAAUGCUGAUGUUUGUGCUGUUGUUUCAGCAAUUGACUCUCCUGAAGGCUUUCUAGCUGAAUGGUGGUCAAUCUUCCACGAAGUGUAUUUCCAUACACAACCUAAACAUGUAGAAUCGCCAGAGAUGUCAAACAAGGGCAAACAAGUAACUGGAACCACAUCACAAGGUUCAUGUCCUGAGACGUCAAAGUUUAGGAUUAAUACACGAAGUUCUGUGCAGCUCCCAAUUGGUAGUGAGUGUGAUGAUUUGGUAACACAAAUGUCCCCGAAAACCUGUGAAGGAGUGAAUCAUAAGCGCAUGACUAAAAAAUGUGAUACUAAUUCACAGACGACUGUUGAAACCCAGAGUAGCUCUAAGUUAGCUGGAAGCAGUUCAAGCAACCCUCAGCGAAAUCCCCGUAAACAGGUUCAACGGCAAGACAAGAAGCGUGUUACUAGUCUAGGAAGCACAUCAAUCAGCUCGUCUACAUAUGCAGAGCCAAAAACAAUAGGAUCUGAGAGUGUGCUGAACUCUGCACCGCUGAAAGGAUGGCCUCUGAUUGGAGCUAAUCAGGUCCCUCCUCGUCUGGGGCAUCAGGUUCUGAAUUCAUUUCUGCAGUCUGUGAACAAUCAGCCACAGAUUGACAUGCCGUUGUCCCAGAGCCAGCAAGAAAUCUUUGCUCAGUUUCUCGCAAGUACACCAACAAAAGCUUUACCAUCUUUUCCACAUACUUAUAACUUGGAAAUGCUUCUCAGAAAUGGGGUAGACAGAACAAGUGGCAAGGAUGGCCAGUAUGAAGAAGAGAGUGGCUUAGAUGAAAGUAUUGAAAAGUUCUUUUCACAAUAUGAUGACCAUGCUGAUUGCACUGAUGCUCCAUGCACUCUCCAACAUCAAUCUACAUCUUAUGAAAAAAAAGGGCAUACAGGCAUAUCUUUGGUGGAAGUUGGAAGCCUUCAUGCAAGCAAGGGAAAAGUAUUCUCUUGCAAUUUUUCUCCUAACGGAAAGUUGCUUGCUUGUGCUGGACAUGACAAGAAGGUUUUGAUGUGGAAUAUGGAUACUUUAGGCUAUACUAGUUCUAUGGAGACCCAUGCUCAUCUGAUUACUGAUGUUCGAUUUCAUCCAAGUUCAGAGUUUUUUGCUACUUCUUCUUUUGACAAGACAGUACAAAUAUGGGAUGCAGCUGGACCAAGCAAGUCGUUAUUUGCACUAGCUGGCCAUAAUGAUCACGUAAUGUCAUUGGAUUUUCACCCAAGAAAGAUGGACCUUUUAUGCUCAAGUGACAGCAACAAUGAGAUCCGCUUAUGGGAUAUCAAGGAGUAUGCUUGUUUGCGCGUUUCCAAGGGAGCCAUAAGACAAGUAAGAUUCCAACCUCAGUUGGGGAGACUUUUGGCUACAGCUUCAGGAAAUGGUGUCAACAUUUUCAAUGUUGAGACUGGUGAUUUCGAGUUUGACUUAAAGGGACAUCAAUAUGAAGUGCGCUCUAUCUGCUGGGAUGAGACUGGUAACUACAUAGCCUCUGUUAGUGAAGAAAGUGUGCGACUAUGGUCAAUCUUGUCUGGUGGAAGAUGCAUAUAUGAAAUGCACUCGAAAGGUCAUAACUUCCAGUCAUGCACUUUUCACCCAGGACAUCCCAUGUUUUUGAUCAUCGGAAGUUACCAGUUCCUUGGUUUGUGGAAUCCUACUCAAAGUAGCACAAUCGACACAAUUCAGGCACACAGCGGCUUCAUUGCUUCACUGUCAAGUUCACCUCUGACGGGAUUGAUGGCCUCAGCUAGCCAUGACCAAAGCGUGAAAUUGUGGAGAUAAAUAACGAAAUAUAUCGUUUCACUUUGGCGUUUCUAAUUUUGGGUGGUCUCUGGUCUGCUCUCUACUGUACAUAAUAAAGGGCACAUAGCAUGGUGAUUGGUAUGGCAUACCAAAGUUUGUGCUGAAGCAUAUUUUGAAAGGUGGGAAGCUAAGUUGUGCUUUUGGAGGCUCUCUUACAACUUGGCUUGAUAUCUGGAAUAUGGAGGUCUAAUCUAAGCUUGGAUAUACAAAAAAUCUUUUUGAAUAGAAAUUGACUUAGCUCAAAGCUAACUAAUUUGUAUUGGAUCUACUAAAAUGAAAAACAAAAGAACUAUAUUUAUUUAAUACUAUCUAUAUCUAUAUAUAUAUGACUUAAUGGUUUUAAGUAACCAGUGUCUUUGUGGCUGUAGAAUACCUUUACCAAAUGUGCAUAUUGCUCUCAAAUCCCUUUUUUCUUAAUGUUUGAGGGAUAUUCAAAGUAA